CCAACUGUAGGACAAUACCAGAUACCUUGCUCAUAAACCAAUGGAAGGAGUGUUGCCUGAACUAAUAUUCUAUUCUCUGGUAGCUUUAUGUAUUGUUAUAUGGAUUAUUUUGUUUAUAUGGCUUGGCAAUGUUCUGUAUCUAGAGCCCAGCAACAUCCAGCUCAAGCUUCGAAGGCAAGGGAUCAAAGGUCCCCCGCCUGCUUUUGUAAUGGGUAAUAUUCCUGAGAUGAAGCGAAUCAUGUCAAUGGCUGCAGAUGCUCCACGCAGUGAAGCUCAUCUACCACUGGGAUUUUCCACUUCCACUACCUUCCCUUAUUUCGCUCAGUGGACUAAGCUAUAUGGAGGAACAUUCACGUUUGCGCUUGGAAAUGAACAACUUUUGUAUGUGGCCGACACCAAACUAGUGAAGGAAAUAAAUCUCAGCAAAACAUUAGACUUGGGGAAACCUUCUUAUCUGCAGAAGGACCGAGGGCCUUUACUAGGGAAGGGCCUUAUUACCUCAAAUGGUGCAGUUUGGUUCCACCAGAGGAAGACCAUAGCUCCUCAGCUCUUCAUGGAUAAGGUCAAGGGCAAUUUGAACAUAAUGGUGGAAUCUGCAAGCAACCUGGUGAGCUCAUGGCUUGGUUUAAUCGAACUUGGGAGUGGGAGUGGGUGUGCAGACAUAAGAGUGGAUGAUUACAUUAGAAGCUUCACCUCUACUGUAAUUUCAAAGAUGAUGUUUGGAAGCCACCAUUCCAAAGCAGUUGAAUUGUUUCCGAAGUGUAGGGCCCUUAUGAAGAACUUGCAAACUCCGACAAUACUCAAAGGGAUUCCUUUCUUCAGAUAUUUACCAACCAAGGAAAAUCGGGAUGUAUGGAGACUAGAGAGAGAGAUUCACGCUUCACUUAUUGACAUAGUAAAGGAAAAUCCCGAAGCUGCAUCUGAUAAAAUGGCUCAGAUUAUCAUGGAGAGUGCUAAGACUGGUGAACUUGGGCCAUCCACACUCGACCAGUACAUAGUUGACAAUUGCAAGGAUGUGUACCUUGCUGGAUUUGAAGUGACUGCUGUGGCCACAUUAUGGGGUUUAGUUCUGUUGGCUUCAAAUCCUGAAUGGCAAGCUCGCCUCCGUGCUGAAAUUUUUGAAGUUUGUGGAGGCCAUGUACCAGAUACCAAUAUGCUUGGCAAGAUGAAACUACUGAAGAUGGUGAUUCAAGAGGUGCUAAGGCUUUACCCAGGAGUUGCAUUUGUGUCAAGGCAGACCUUGAAAGAUGUGAAGCUUGGUGAUAUUUUGGUUCCAAAAGGUGUCAACAUUUGGAUCUGGAUACCAGCGCUUCACCAAGACCCUGAGUUGUGGGGAUCUGAUGCUGAAAAGUUCAACCCUGAGAGGUUUGCUAAUGGGAUUUCGGGGGCCUGCAAGUCUCCCAAUGCCUACAUUCCAUUUGGUGUAGGGACCCGAAUGUGUCCUGGCCAGAACUUAGCCAUUACAGAAAUGAAGAUCUUGUUUACUAUCAUUCUAUCACACUUCUCCCUCUCCAUCUCUCCUAAUUAUCUCCAUUCCCCUCGCUUGAAUUUGCUGCUAGAGCCCGAAUAUGGGGUGAAUCUCAUCAUCAGGAAGAUAUGAGAGAAUCAACCCCAAAGAAGAUGAAAUGAACCUACCAGCCUAAGAUGCACAAGGGUUCAGGUAAUCUUCAGUGCUAAACUCAAGUAUCUUGAUACCAAGCUGUAUGUGCGGUGUGAAAUGCAUGGCGAUAUGUAUUUGGCUUCCUAUAAUGGCUAACAUUAUGAUAUCGAUGCCUAGCUAUGUAUUUUGUGAAAUAGAUUGUCUUGUGUAUUUGGUCUCCUGUAAUGUCUACCAUUCUGCUAGCGAUCCAUGCUAUAUAUAUGGCAAUAUGUAUUUUGUGAAAUAGAUUGUAUCGUGUAUUUGGUCUCC